AUGAAUCAUCUGGCAGAAUACUAUAGCGAUGACGAUUCACCUUAUGAGAAAACCUCAGAAGAACACUUGGAACGAAGUAAAAGUGACGAAGAACAUUCGCCUAGUAAAGAAAAUAAAGUCAAACGAAAAGAAGGACGGCGUGAUUCGGAGUACUGGACAGAUGAUUCAGUAAAUGAAAAAUCGUCAUCCAGUCCUGAUCGGUCAACGAGAUCAAUAAGUGGAGAUAACGAAAGUACAAACUUGUUGCCUCCCCCUCCAUCUAAGAAAGCGUUGAUUUCAUCAACGAGACGCUCAGUUAAGAAUGAUUUAAAUAAAUUUGCGCCACAUAUGUCAUUUGCUUCACAAAGUAGAAUCUCCAUGACGCAAAGUCAAACUUCGUUGGUUUCAUAUGAUGAGCAGGAUGAUGAGGAAGAUCAGUUUGCUAAAGCUGAUCGGAAAGCUGUUGCAAGAAAAGAAUCGGAAAAAAAAGGUUCAGAAUCUACAAAUCGUGAGCCGAAACCACCUCCGGGUCAUGAAGACAGCCAUUCUCCUGAUGAUAUUGCUGUCCACAAUAAUGUUGGGAAUAAUUUAAAGGAACUUGAUAGGCAUCAAAUAGUCCACAACACUGGGCCCUGUCUCACUCCAGGAUCUGCUGAAGGAAACGACAGCCCCCAAAUUCAUGACGAGAUCAUGGAAAUACGGUUACCACCAUCACCAUCAGCAAAAUGCCCUCCGGAACUUGAGGCACGAUUUCGAGGAUUUUUUGAGAGGAAAGCACAAGGAGCUGAUUUAAACGCUUUAAUACAAAAAAGGCGCGACUUCAGAAAUCCAUCAAUGUACGAAAAAUUAAUCGAGAAGUUCGAAGUAGAUGAACUAGGCUCAAAUUUCGCGCCAUCAGUUUUUGAUCCGCACGGAUUCGCAAAAGAUUGCUUCUACGACCAAAUCUCUAUCCUUCAAAAAGAAAUAAUGGAGAAGUACAAUGCUGCAGCCGAAAAAAAGGCAACCACUGCUGGUUCUGUCAAAGCAGGUGAAGUCAAACGCAAAUCUCGCUUUGAAGGUACCAUUAAAUAA